AUGUCCGCUAAGAAUAACCAAUUGAAGUACUCUCAUAACUUCACUCCGCUAAUGCCCAAGACCUCCUCUCACUCGCCGAGCUCACUCGCCGCUAACAAUGAAAACAGGAAAUCCGCGAAAAAUCCAUCGCUCAUAGUGAGAACUUCAAAACAUUGGGUACUACCACCAAGACCAAAACCUAACAAGAGGUCAAAUAACUCAAAUUCAAGAUCAAAUUCAGUCUCCUCUACAACAAGUCCCAUUACAAAUCAUCAAAUUUCAAAACCAAAGAAUAAUGCCAAUUUAAGACAUAAUAGUAGUCCUCUCAUCUCAUCAAACGUAAGACAAAGACUGAAUAUAAUAAACAGAAUUUUUUCAUCCUCAACUUCUUCAUCAAUAGGUUCACCAUCUGCAUCUGCAUCACCAGCAGCAAUUUCAUACUUAAAUUUCAAUGAUGAAAUUAACAACAAGAACAACAAGAACAACAAGAACGCAAACCCACCAAAAUCUCCCUUCACUUCACCAUUGCAUCAUAAGGUAAUAGAUUCCGCCACGGAUGCUAACUCCAUCGCAAAUAUACUGUUAUAUCAAGAUCAACAAAAUGAACCAUUAUCUCCACCAUCACCACUAUUAUUAUCACCCAUUUCAUCCACUACUAAUUCUCCUGCUAUAUUCUUGAAUUCCAAAAAUAGUAAUUCAAACGUAUCCAUGGAUAGCAUAAGAAGACAUUCCGCACCCUUAUUACAACCAUCAUCUACUAAGUCACAUCAAAGUAAAUCAAAAUUGAAUCACAUAGAUGAGGCAAAGGAAUUGGAAAUGUAUAAUUUAUACAUGGACUGGACGGAUCCUAACGCGGAUAUUGAUACCAUUUCCUUGAGUAAUGAUACGGAUGAUUUGACCGCAGUCCCCUCCAUUUCAAUGCCAUACUAUAACAAUAGAAUCUCCAUUAGUGACGAUUCCGUAUUCGAUUUGAACAACUCAAAUAAUAAUCAUAUUCAUAACGAUGCAUCAUCCAUUGACACGGGCUCCACUUUAAUCAACACUAAUACCUACAAGGAACAACAACAAUUCCAACAGAAGCAACAGAUGGAAAUGCUGGAUAGUUAUUAUUGUGACCUCCCACCAUCUUUGGAUGAACUAAUAGAUGAACAAGAGGAAACGAAAAAUAACGCUCAAUUGUUUAAAGCCUUUAAUGAUAACAACGACAACAAUAACUGUAACGAUAAUGUUAACGAUAAUGAUCUUGACUUUUUUACGACGACUCCUGCUGAAACAGCAGAGACAGACAUUUAUUAA